UCCUUCAGCCACAGCAGCUGAGGAAGAAACUAGAAUCCCUCCAGCAACAGGAGGAGGGUGGAGGGAAUGACUGGAGGAAUGGCGUUCCGAAGCAGAUGAAGCCAGAACUGAUUGUUGUGGAUAUCUUUGACGAUAGCCAGGAAGUAUCUUGUGGUGAUAAAGAUUGUAAAAUGCCUCAAGAAAGUAUUAUGGAGGACCCUAUCAGUGAAUCUGUUGCCAACAUGGAUGCCUUAGAGGAUGUCUCCAGAGACCUAGAGGGUGAUGCGACUUUAGAGCAAUCUGGUAACAGUCCUCCUAGAUUUGUGCGUAGUGUCUCCAGCAUACCUUCAAGAAAUAGGCAAGUGUCUGUUGACUCUGUAAGUGGAGCCAAUCAAAGGACAGAGAAGCAUGCGAGGACUACUAACAAUAAUCGCAGAUCGCUCUCCCCACAGGCAAGAGAGUAUGCAUCAAGGCUCAAUGCCUCCGGGAAGCAGCGGUCUCAGUCUCAGGCAUCCAGCGGAGAGAAUGAUGAUCAGCAGACUAACGGCUACAGGCAGCGCAAGAAGAGCCUGGCCCUUGCCAUGAACGAGGGUCGACUUGAAAUGAAGGAAGUGUGCAUGAGACCAUUGGAUGUGGACCUUGAUUUUCAUUUGAUUGCUCAGCUGAACCAGCUCAAUCGGGAAUUAAUGGAUCUAUCCAAAUCAGGAUCGUCCACGUCUCCAUCUUCACCAGGUGUAGGUGCCAACCAUAGUUUCUCUCUCCUUGAAAACAACAGUGAGAUCCUGGCUGAUGGUGAUACGAAGCACAGUGUAUCAAGUUCACCUCAGUCCCCUAACUCUUUACAGGUCCAACAAACAAAACAUUCUCCAGGAAAUGAUAUGUACAGUCCAAUAUCUUCUAAGAGAGGUAGGAGUCCUGUAGAAGCCAAGCAAAAAAAGUUUAGUUAUGAUUCGCCGAGGAGGAAGCAAUCUGAUGAAAAUGUAACUCCUGUUUUUUCUAGUAAGAAAUCAUCUCCUGAACAAAGAACAAUCUCUGAAAAUAGUAAGGAAUCCAAGUCGGUGUCACCCCGAGAAGUAAUCUCUCGGAUCAAAUCACGUUUCAGUAACCCCAAACUGACCAGGGGGUCACCACAAAGAAGCAGUGCUGGGAAAAUAGAAAUUCAAAUCUUGAGACCAAAUCUAGGAAACUCUGAGAACGAAUCUGGACCAUUCAAGAGAUCAGCAUCUCUUAGAAACGACUCUGACUCGAGAAAGACGUGGCCCAGCCUUGAAGCGUCUACUGAGGGCUACGAAGAGAACAGCCAGAGUCCGUCCGGACAGAGUCAUGUCUAUCGACGGAGUGAAUCCGAUGGACCGCUAGAGAGGCAACGGAAGAAGCCAGUUCUUCCGGACUCUAACCCUAUGAUAGAACAGAACCAUAACGCACCAGGUAGCAGUACUGAUAGUGGACUGGGCAAGGAUCAGAGGCAUUCCAAGUCAAGCGCAGAUUCAUUACUAGAGGAUUUCCAUGUUAGCAGCCAAGUUUCGUCUAGGUGUAACAGCAAUCCUCCUUCCAGACCCCUGUCGUCCGACACAGGUGAUCUGAGCUGGGAGAAAGGUCGCGACCUUUUGUCACCGAGAUUGAGAGGUUUUCCAGGCUAUCUAUCUAGUUCUACACCACAUAGUCCUACUAAUCUAACCCCAGCCACUGGUAGUAGAGAAGAUCUAUUGGAUGAUGGCUUCUCUAGACCAGAGAGUCAGGAGGACCUGCUGGGCAGUCGUGGCAACGGGAUGCGUGCCUCAGGGAGCAGCCAGGGAAGCAGUAUCAGCCACGCCAUGCAAUCUGGGAUCAAACCACCAAAACCACGACAUAAACCCCUGAGGAGGUCAAAGACAGAUCUAGGUGAUCCAUCGAUCAUCAAAGCAGCAUUAACUCUUGCAAAGAUGCAAGGUGAUGAGACUCCCAAGGCUGUCGAGGGAUCAUCUCAAAUGCCAUCGGCGACGAAAAAGAGGCCGACUUCGGCGCUCGGCAUCAUGGGAAUACUGAACAGCGGUAGCGGCCGAGAGUCUCCAGUUACACAGGUUACUCAACCAGAUGGAAAGCCGUCACCACGCCUUCAACGAUCUCAACACCAGCCUGCCCCAGAGCCCUUAUCCCUGGUCGUCGAUAUCGAUGUAGAGCAAGACAAAACCGUGAAUGAUCUUCCGCUGACUCCCCGGCCGAGAUCAAGGUCUCUUGGGUCUCUGGGCACCUUUGAAAUCCCUGACAUGGCGUUGAUGAAGAGGGCGCUAUCACUCCCAGCAGGUCUGGGAGAUGAUGAGGUGAUGAUGUCAGAUCCUGAUCUGAGUAAGAUCAAUGCAAGAAUGUCAGAGACAUUUGAGCAAUUCUGUGCAGCGACGUUAGCCGAGGCUCUCUUUGAUCAUGUGACCAUGGACGGGAACGAGCUUACGUUCCAGGCUGGGGACAUGAUAGAGAUCACCGAUAUGACCGACGCCUACUGGUGGUGGGGGUGUAUAGAUAAACAAGAGGGCUGGCUACCGGCGCCCUUUGUUAGACUGAAGGUCAGUCAGGGGGAAACGGUUGAAGAAUGCAUGUCACGCCUCCAGGUAAACACCUCGUCCAAUCAGCAGGGACUGAAACCUUCCCAUGAGCCUCUCAUCAGAAAGGUCAGCCUGAGCUUCCUCAGCAACGACCAGGUCCGGGCGAAUGUCAUCAAAGAGAUCAUAACCACGGAGAGGGAUUAUGUCAAGAAUCUGGCUGACAUUUAUGAGGGCUACAUUGAGCAAGCACGGAGUAGACCCGACAUGUUCAACCAGACGCUCAUGUCCAAACUAUUCUGCAACAUUGAGGAGAUCUACUGUUUCCAGCAGCGUUUCCUGACGGACCUCGAGCAGUGUAUCGACAAUGAUUUACCUCAUAAGAGUGCGAUAGGGGACUGCUUCCUUAAAUAUAAAUUGACCUUUGACAUCUAUGGUGAAUACUGUAACAACUACCCUCAUGCAGUGAACGAGUUUCAAGAACUCAUGAAAGAUAACAAAUAUGUGCAAUUCUUUGAGGCCUGCCGUCUCCUUCAGUCCAUGAUCAAGAUCCAGCUCGAUGGCUUCCUCCUAACCCCAGUCCAGAAGAUCUGUAAAUACCCUCUCCAGCUCAACGAGCUUCUCAAGUACACCCGGCCGCAGCACCCCGACUUCCAGCCGUUGAAGAGCGCCCUCGAGGCCAUGCGAGAGGUUGCCCAGAGCAUCAACGAGAGGAAACGAAGGAUAGAGCAUAUCGAGAACAUUGCGCUGUGGCAGAAGACAAUAGGAGAUUGGGAGGGUGAUGAUGUCCUAGAUCGUAGUUCAAUGUUGAUCUACUCUGAUGAGGUGAAUCGUGUUAGCUUGACUGGUAGGCAUCGCACAUCGCCACGGCAACUGUUUUUAUUCGACCAUCAGCUCAUCAUCUGCAGAAAGGACAUACUAAGGCGAGAUCUGUAUGUUUACAAAGACAGAAUAGAUCUAGAUGACUGUCAGAUUGAAGAUCUUCCAGACGGAAAAGAGAACGAAUGGAACGUGACGCUACGGUACGCCUGGAAGAUACAGAACUUCGAAGACCAGUCCAAGGUGUAUGUCUUCAUGUGUAGGAGUCGCAAGGAGAAGAGGAGAUGGCUGAGGCAUUUCGCCAAAGAGAGAAAGAUCGUCCACGAGGGUCUCACCAGAGGUAGCAGUUUCAUGGCCGCAAAGGAAGCUGCCUUAAAAACAUCAACGACGAACAAGCCCAGUAAACCAACAGACAGAGUGAUGGUGAGAAGAGCACUAUCGAUGCCACAUCGGAAAGCGAGAGAUCCGAACGGCAAAGAACCUCCCUUACAGCUUCCAAGAAUGGCCUCUACGGAAGUAGAACCCGAUGUCAGCACGCCAAAGAAAAAAGGAAUCUCAUUGUUUGGUGUCCAGUUUGGAAAGAAAUGAGGUCACCUCUUCAAUAUCUGUGAUACUAUUGUGAUGGGAUGACUGAGCGCUCUCUGGAGUCCUCUGUGCGAUGUCGAGGAGUGGUCAUGAUUGGUCAAAUUAGACUGUCUGAAAAGGCGAAGACUCUUGUGGGACGGUUUAGUCUCGUAAUAUGGGACUCUGAAAGGAUCAGCUCCCGGAAUGUGGUCCAUCGUUGCUCUAUCGGUGAAAAAUAAAGCAUCGACAGUGUGGGAGCCGAUAGGGGAUUGUUGUGAAAAACGUCUGAGCAUGCAUGCAUUAUUUCAUGGGAAUGCCUUGUAUGUUAUGCGUACAUCGUACAAUCAUGUUUUCAGUAAUACCAAGCCUCCAUAAGAUACACUGUAUUGGCCCCAUUUCCUAAAGACUUGUUAUAAGAACAAAUGCACAGUUUCUAUAACAAACUUACUAUCAGCCAAUCAGAUUAAAGGAUUUCGGUAGCUUUUAACUGUUAUUGCAAAUUUGUUCUUAUAACAAGUUUGAUUGAAAUGGGUCCCACGAUGUGAGGAAGUCAAGCAGAUUUUUCACGAACGUUCAGACGCGGCCCAUCGCAGAGAGAGUUUCGAUCAAACACAACUCCAAAAUAGAAUACAUAUACAUUUUCAACCGAUGGAAUGUGCUUAUUAGGGACUUGCGCUUGAUUUUUUUUUUUUAGUUGCAUACAAAUGAAACUCUUCAUGCAGUGGACCCAUGAUGAGAUGAAUCGCCCGCCCUACUUGUGCUUGCGUAUGCGCAUUGAAUGCUGCAACACGUCACUUGACGCCUCGUCGAUAUUGACUUUGCCGAGGUUCUUUGCUGAGCUGUGUUGUCCUUGUCUGAAUUGACCUGGGGGUGUGUCACAAAGACUUAAGCGUGACUUAGGCGGUGUUGCAAGAAAAUAUUUGCGAUCAAUUGCAAAUAUUCUGUUGCAUAACUUUACAACUGGUAGAUCAAUGUUAGUUAUACAUGUAGCAAAUCAGACGAGACUUCUUGUUUCAAGGAGCACAUUAGCAAUCAAUCACUAAUUUGCUAUUAACUACAAGACAUGCAUGAUAGAUGUAGGGACCAAAAAUAGAUUUGCAAUUGAUCGCAAGUUUCUUGCAACACCCCCUAAGAGUCGCACUUAUGUUCUCUGUUGUGUGCAGUAUAGAAGGCAUCAUUCUCUGCACGACUGGUGAUCAUUUGUGCGGAAUGAUAUCACCUGAUAGCAUGUUGCAAUCGCGCGUACAGUCUAGCGUAAAUUUACGAACAGCUUUCCGACACACCCAUAGCUUCCUCAACUGCUUCAUGCGUCAUGGCAUGAUAGUUAAAUUUGAUAUUUCACGGGUUUACCAUGCAUUAUUUUGGUGUGCAUGUUUCUUGGGUGCAUCGAUCAAUUCACAGUAUUUCUCUGUAAUUUGUUAUUUGUAUGAAAACACACGUGUUAUAUUCAUUCCAUUGAAUAUUCCUAAUAAAGCAGUAUCAUACCUAUAAAUGAACCUCAAACUACUAUGGACUUCUGCAGGCAUUCUUUCCAGAGAGGAAUUAUUUCAAGGGCUAUU